UCAGGAAAUUAUUUUAGAAAGAAAGAAUACAUGUAAGAAACAAGAUGUCUCAUGCCGGGAGACGAUACCAAGAUAAGCGAUGCAGGCACCAUGAGAACCAUGGAUCUGAUAGAUAUGAGGAAGACAGAAGAGCAAGUAAACUAUACCCAUACAAUGCAAGAUCAGCAGAAGACAUCCGAGGUGGCCAACACUCAAGGACGUCUACUGUUUGCUCAGAUCCUUACUCUAAAACCUCAGGAGCAGCACAGGAAUAUUUUGGCCCACCACGAGAGAGUUAUCCUCCCAAGGAAACCUUCUCAAUGAAGUGUUCAAAGGUAUGCACAACAAGAGGCAUUUUAAAGUUUGUGGAAAUCACGGUUAACCUCCUGGUGCUGAUUUGCGUGGGUGCUGCCCAAGCCUCUGUCGCAGGCUUCACGUCCCUUGGUGGCUUGGGCACUGGAUCCUUUAGCCUGAAUUCGGCCUAUAGCCCCUUUGAGGGCAUGGAGCUCCAGGAGGUGAGGGAGCUGGACAUGCAGUUCACACAGAUGAGAGCCCCUUGUGUGUAUGGCGGAGUAGCCUUCAGCUUAACAGCAGCAGUACUUACCCUCGUCUUUCUUGUCAUGGGGGCAAAACCCAUUCAGCAGCUCAGGCUGGGGCUGCUGGCAGGCGAAUGUGCCUUCAACCUGCUGGCUGGUGUGGCGUACAUCGCGGCCGUUGGCCUCUACCUGCAUUUCGUCAGCCAGGUGAACUCCACGGAAGUUUGCAAGAGGCGCGAGAGGCUGUACGCGCGCCGUGGCUAUACCUCCAUGAACUGCGUGGUCCAGGGCGGCGACGCGGCCGUCGGCCUUUUUGGUGUCGCUGCUGCCUGUUUGUACUUUGCCAGCUUUGUGGUCUGCGUCCGUGAUAUCCCAACUGUCUGGGCCUUCCAGAGCCACGUGGCCAAGGCUCAGCACAGCCCCCAAAGCAGCGUUAGAGACAGAAGUGUCAGAAACCACCGUGCCAUCCACAGGAGCUCUGAAGGCUCCCACAACAUCCAGGCUCUUGCCACGUUGGUGUGA